AUGUCUCAAUCCGCUCUCACCGCUCUCACCCUCCCGCACAACGCUGUCUGGUUCGUGACCGGCACAUCCUCGGGCAUCGGACAUAGUCUCUUAUCCUCCAUCCUCUCCGCCCCCGGUCACCGGGUCGUUGCUCUAAGUCGUGACCCAUCAGCAAUUCCCCUCCCUUCAACCUCUACCAAGGACAACACUCUUCUCGUACCCGUCGAUCUGAAGUCCAAAGACUCCAUCAAGGCGGCUUUCGAUGCCGCCAUCAAGACAUUUGGACGCAUCGACGUCGUCGUUAAUAAUGCGGGCUAUGGACUCAUCGGCGAGCUCGAGUCUGUUUCUGUCACCGCCGGCCGAGAACUGUUUGAGAUCAAUUAUUGGGCGCCAAUUCAAAUCACGCUUGAAGCUAUCCGCAUUUUCAGAGAGGUGAAUCCUCUUUCUGGCCCAAUCGGAGGCGUGAUUGCGCAAGUCUCCUCAGCCGGGGGCUACAUCACCGCACCCGGGCAGGUGUACUACCAUUCGUCAAAAUGGGCGCUGGAAGCCGCCACCGAGUCUCUUGUUAAGGAGUUAGAUCCGGAGUGGCACAUCCGCGCUGUGAUUUUCGAGCCGGGGAGUGUAAAAACGAAGUGGAGUAAUGCGAAUAUGGUCGACGGGGGACAGCACCCGGCGUAUGUGCGCGAAGAAAGCAAGAUGUUGGGGACGGACCUAAUCCGGAAUAUGGCGGGAUGGGAGGGCAAGCUUGGGGCGGAAGCUAGGGAUGUGGCAAACCUUAUGGCUAAGGUUGUUAGAGAUGAGGAGGGGAAAUGGGGCGGAAGAAAUCUCUUGAGGCUGCCUGUUGGGGCAGACAGCUGGACACUAAUCAAGAGUGAUGUCGAGGAGGUAAGGUGCAAUUUGGAGAAGUGGAAGAAAGAGAGUGAGAGUACAAGUCCAGGGGAUGUGAAGGAGACGCUGAAGGCUCUUGGAUUGAUUCAGGAGUAG